UUCAUCAAGAUUCAAACAUUUUGGGAAUUUUAUGAUAGACUAGACCAGCAGGUCACAUCAGCUUACAUCGUUAGAGUCGCUCGCAUAAUGACGUAUAUGUUGUACUUUAUCCACGUUGAAGCCUGUUUAUACUUUGCCGUCUGCGUCUACAUCGGUGUUGGCAAGGAUGGCUGGGUCUGGUCUGGUAAAACAAACCCGUACAUCCACUCCAUGUACCUGGCCACGAAGACGGCAGCCUGCAUAGGUAACAAUUGGAACCCCACCAACGUACUAGAGUUUGCUUUCAUGACCUUCUAUUGGCUUCUCGGCAUUUUUAUAUUCGCUCUUCUCAUUGGUCAGAUUCGAGAUAUCUUUCGAGCGCUGGACGCAAACAGGGACAAAUACCGCAAGUCGAUCGACCAGGCGAUGUUCUAUUUGAAGUCUCUUGGAGUGCCCCAGGAGAUGAGGGAUAGAGUCAAACUCUGGUUCACUUACAACUGGGAUAACUCGAAAACAUUGGAUGAAAAUUCCUUGCUCGAUCCACUGCCAAAAAAGAUGAAGACAGACAUGGCGAUACACGUGCAUCUAUCGACACUCAGUAAAGUCAGUCUUUUCCAGGAUUGUGAGAAAAGUCUUCUAAAUGAUUUGGUGCUCAAAUUGAAACCGGUCCUGUUUUUGCCUGGAGAUUAUAUAUGCCGGAAGGGAGAGGUGGGAACAGAGAUGUACAUCGUGAAAAUGGGGCUAGUUGAGGUUGUAGGCGGUCCUAACAAUAGCAUCGUGUUUGCUACGCUUAAAGAAGGGAGCGUUUUUGGCGAAAUAAGUUUGUUAGCACUAGCAGGAGGAAACAGAAGAACUGCCGACGUACGAUCAAAAGGAUUCUCCCAACUCUUCCUCCUAUCAAAAGCCGACUUUGAAGAGGCAAUGGAAGACUAUCCGGAAGCCUAUAAGAUGCUAAAACACAAAUCUAAGUUUGUUUCAUUUAUAAUUGGUUAA